AUGGCCAAGCCGCUGAGCGACCACGACCGCCGGAAGCAGAUCUCCGUCCGGGGACUGGCCGGGGUGGAGAGCGUCGCCGACCUGAAGACGAACUUCAACCGACACCUUCAUUUCACCCUGGUGAAGGACCGGAACGUGGCGACCAAGAGGGACUAUUACUUCGCCCUGGCCAACACGGUCCGGGACCACCUGGUGGGCCGCUGGAUCCGGACGCAGCAGCAUUACUACGAGAAGGACCCGAAGCGGGUCUACUAUCUAUCCCUUGAGUUUUAUAUGGGACGCACUCUGCAGAACACCAUGGUGAACCUGGGCUUGGAGAACGCGUGUGAUGAGGCCAUCUACCAGUUGGGUCUGGACAUGGAGGAGCUGCAGGACAUUGAGGAAGAUGCAGGGCUGGGCAAUGGAGGACUGGGGCGCCUUGCUGCCUGUUUCCUGGACUCCAUGGCCUCUCUGGGUCUGGCUGCUUAUGGUUACGGCAUUCGCUACGAGUUUGGCAUUUUCAAUCAGAAAGUCAUCAACGGCUGGCAGGUGGAAGAGGCUGAUGAUUGGCUGCGCUAUGGCAACCCAUGGGAGAAGGCCCGCCCUGAGUACAUGCGGCCUGUGCACUUCUAUGGCAGAGUCCAACACACGGCUGAGGGAGUAAAAUGGGUCGACACUCAGGUGGUUCUGGCUCUUCCUUAUGACACUCCUGUUCCUGGAUACAGAAACAACAUCGUCAACACCAUGAGACUGUGGUCUGCUAAGGCCCCCUGUGACUUCAACCUCAAAGACUUUAAUGUUGGAGGCUACAUCCAAGCUGUGCUGGACAGAAAUCUGGCUGAGAACAUCUCCAGAGUUCUCUACCCCAAUGACAACUUCUUUGAAGGGAAGGAGCUGCGGCUGAAGCAGGAGUAUUUUGUGGUAGCAGCAACUCUUCAAGACAUCAUUCGCCGAUUCAAAGCCUCCAAGUUUGGCUCCACAGAGUUUGUGAGGAUGGAUCUCUCCGCUCUGCCAGACAAGGUGGCCAUCCAGCUCAAUGACACCCACCCGGCUCUGGCCAUCCCUGAGCUCAUGAGGCUCCUGGUGGACAUCGAGAAGCUCUCAUGGGAGAAGGCUUGGGACAUAGUGAUUCGUACGUGUGCCUACACUAACCACACCGUCCUGCCGGAGGCGCUGGAGCGCUGGCCCGUCGACCUGUUUCAAAACCUGCUGCCCCGACACUUGGAGAUCAUCUAUGAGAUCAACAGGAGGCACAUGGAGCGCAUCUCUAAGCUCUACCCUGGAGACGUUGACCGCAUGCGCAGAAUGUCCCUAAUUGAAGAAGGGGACGUCAAGAAAAUCAACAUGGCUCAUCUGUGCAUCGUGGGCUCUCACGCGGUCAACGGAGUGGCUCACAUCCACUCUGACAUCAUCAAAAGCACUGUAUUUAAGGAUUUCUACGAGAUAGAUCCUCACAAGUUCCAGAACAAGACCAAUGGGAUCACCCCGCGGCGCUGGCUGGUCAUGUGCAACCCGGGGCUCGCAGAGGUCAUCGCCGAGAGGAUUGGAGAGGAUUACAUUCGGGACCUGGACCAACUGAAGAAGCUGCUGGACUUUGUAAACGAUGAGGCUUUCAUACGAGACGUUGCUAAAGUCAAACAGGAAAACAAGCUGAAGUUUGCUGCCCACCUGGAGGAACACUACAAGGUGAAGAUCAACAGCGAGUCCAUGUUUGACCUCCAGGUGAAGAGGAUCCACGAAUACAAGCGGCAGCUGCUCAACUGCCUGCACAUCAUCACUCUGUACAACCGCAUCAGGAAGGAGCCCAACAAGAAAUGGACACCAAGGACCGUCAUGAUUGGAGGAAAAGCAGCUCCAGGUUACCACACAGCCAAGAUGAUCAUCAAGCUCAUCACGUCCAUCGGUGACAUCGUCAACAAUGACCCUGUUGUGGGAGACCGCCUGAAGGUCAUUUUCCUGGAGAACUACAGAGUCACUCUGGCUGAGAAGGUCAUCCCUGCAGCCGACCUGUCGGAGCAGAUCUCCACUGCAGGUACCGAGGCCUCCGGCACCGGAAACAUGAAGUUCAUGCUGAACGGGGCUCUCACUAUCGGCACCAUGGAUGGAGCAAAUGUGGAGAUGGCUGAGGAGGCUGGAGAGGAGAACCUCUUCAUCUUUGGCAUGAGAGUACAGGAUGUGGAGGCUCUGGACAAGAAAGGCUAUGAUGCUGCGUCGUACUACAACCGCAUCCCAGAGCUGAAGCAGGCAGUGGACCAGAUCUCAGAAGGCUUCUUCAGUCCAGACCAUCCGGGCCUUUUCAAGGAUCUGGUCAACAUGCUGAUGCACCACGACAGGUUUAAGGUGUUUGCAGACUAUGAAGAUUACAUGACGUGUCAGGAAAAAGUCAGCGCUCUCUACAAGGACACCAAAGCCU